AUGAUUAUAUUGUUCCUUCUGAUUCCCAUGGUGAUGGCUCUAAGAAAAGAAUUGAUUCGUCCGCCAGGAAUGUAUCCACCUGAAGAAUUGUCUAAUAAAGUACCAACUAUGCCGCGGAAUCCGUAUCAGUCGAACUCGGAUGAUGUGGGAAGCAUGGACUAUCAGUUUUACUAUGAAAAAGACCCGAAGGACUCGUUCAAGCAGAAAAAGCAAGAAGAUGUUGUUUUCGUGAAUAACGGACCACCACUUGGCAAUCCAAAUCCUCCUGGGCCACCCAGAUACAUAAAUGAAUCUCCAAGGUCACCAGCACCUCCACCGCCAAUGGUGGCAGCACCUCUUCCGCCAGCGGCGGUACUAGCACCUCCGCCAGCGGUGGCAGCACCACCUCCGACGAGUCCACCAUCUUCAUUUCCCCCAGAUCCACAAAGAAGACUCAUCCCCUUGGGUGCAACAUAUCCAUCCGAACCAGAAUUUUCCUAUGAGGGUAAUAUAUCCGAUGGUCCCACUCCCCCUGGAGGAGCAGCUCCAGCAACCUCACCUCAUGAUUCGCGUGACAUUGGAUGGACUCCCGUACCGAAAGUUUUAAGGGGCAGCAAUGAUCAAGCGCAGGAAAAGCUCAAUGGUCCACCUGAACCUCCUCCGGCACGCGAACCCAUUGCGCCUCCUAGCGCUCCGAUAUUGAAAUCGGAUGGUGGAGGUGGCGACAGCAGUCUGUUUUAUGAUUCAAGCAAUGGCGGCGAUCCAGCAGACAAGAUCUUGGGAAGAAGCAAAUCGCCAGACUAUGUUCCAAACGCAACAGGCGAACAUAGGGCUGGUCACAGACCUAGUGCCUCUCCCUACACCCCUAAUGCCUCUACACCUUACGAUCCACUAGGAGCUGGGGAAACAGAGACUGGUUACCCAGGUCAAGGGCCGGAAAACGAUGGUGAUCAGUUGGAAAGAAGACAGGACAAGCAUCACCUGAGAGUUGGAAAAAUCAAUGAAAGCUCUUCGCAUGAUCACAAGAUGAAGGUUUUCGAAACAAAGCUGCAGUCAGACGUGGACGCUCUAACCGGAGAAGAGGGCAACCCAGUAGGCGCUACACUCGAAGAAACGAAGAUCCCAACGGUAAGAGUAUCAAUGACCCCUGAAUCUAUGGAAAGACAGCCAUCUCAAACGAAUCAAAGUAGUCCAGACGACACAGACAUUUUCAAGCAACUGUCGGAAAAUCCGACAGAAAGCCAGCAAAACAGGAAAGGAAAUGGUUUGGAUGAUGUGGAUACACUGCAGGCCGGCAAUAAGUGUUGCCCUUGCUGCAGAGAUGCCGAGGGACCACAAGGGCGGGGACAAGACUUUUCAAGAAAGAGCAUCAACGAUGGUCUCAGCGAAAUCACCGCAAUUGGAGAUAGAAUCGAAUCCAGUUCUUCUUUGCGCUCAUCGAAUACGGGACCUCACGUUUUGAAGCAAAUCACGCUUACAUCGCAUGGUGCUAUUAGGGGCAACGAGGACGAUUUUGAAUCCAAAGUUGGCAGAAUUGGGUCAACGCCAUUGGCGUCAAAGAUGACUCCACGAUCGGGCUUACCAGAAGGUGCACAGCUCACAUCAUUAGGUGAUCUCGGUCCUUCUCAAGGAGGUACUUACGGAGCACAACAACCUCUCGUAUCAGUAUCAGUACAACAACGUCUCAUACCAUCAUCAGCGACAUCCAGCUACGCAAUCCCCAGCCUACCAUUUUCUCAACCACAGUCAUCGCCACAGUUACCGCUUUCACUGCCUUCACCACAGUUCACUUCACAAUACUCCGCCCCAGCAUUGGGCUACUCAGGCGGUGGCCCCAUAGGCGCAUCCUCAUUCGGUGGAUUCGGUGGAUGUCCUUGUCCUGUUCCACAACAGCCGUGUUGCGCGCCAGUGCAGCCCUGUUGUAUACGACCUCUUCCUUGUUGUCCUGCACCACCGCCUAUGCAGUGCUGUCCACAGCCCCCAGUUUGUUGCCAACCUCCACCUUGUUGCCCGCCACCUCCACCUCCUGUGAUUCCAACAAUUCCAACAUGCUUCCGACCAUGCCCAAGUUGCCCAUGUCGGCGACGCCUUCACCGAUCACUAAGAAUGAAGAGAAGUCCAGGCCUAAACAGAGGUUGCCAACAAUGCACUGCGGCUGGUCAACCCAAACUCACUGCACGAAUGAAGCGACAAGCAAAUUGUAGAGCGUGCGACAACAGUCUGGCUUCAAUUUUUGCACCACUAUCGACCGCUUCCUCGUGCAGUUCGUGCAAACGAAGUGAUCAUUAUGCUGCUCGUGUCAAGAGGAUGGGUUGUCUCCCCUGCGGAGGGCGCAAGAAGAGAGAUGUUGAAGAGGAACACUAUCGCAGGGUCAAGCGUACGUUGGGAUGCAUGCCUUGUUCUGGAAGGAAAAAGAGAAGCCCGAUGCAAAGCAACUGCAAACAAUGCUCUAAUCUUGGCCAAGUAUUCCAACGAUUUAAGAGGACUAUAGUAGAAGACACCAUCUACGGGUCCUGCGACAAGUCUUGCUGUGAUUACACUCGAUGCAACGAAGUCAGUGGUGGUCGUGCACUUGUCUCCCGAAGUGCCGUACUCAAACAUUGA